AUGUCCAGCAACCACCUCUCGCCGCGCGACCCGGCGCCCAACGAGUCCAUUUUCGGCGCGAUGCCUCACCGCGAGCACCAGCCUACCUCGUCGUAUCCAUCCCAUCCUCGUAUGCGAAGCCUCAGCAUGUCUCUGCCGUGGAAGAGACCCAAGACUCCCAGAAUAACACUCGAUGGCUUGCCGCAACAAGUAGGGGACCUGGCUAUCGACGAUGAGACGAGCGAGAUCAGGGGCGCGAUGGCGCGUCCUCGUGGGCUCAGCCAGGGCCACAGCCCAGUACACAACCACGGCUUCAAGGGGAUGAUUCGCCGGGCAUCGACGUCUUUGCGCGGGAUCGUCCAUCGUCGACCAUCCAUCGCGGCAGCGGAAGGCGCGAUCUGGGAGGAGAAGGAGCAGGCGGCAGGGCCCCCGAGGCCGACAACCUCGCAUCUGAUCGGCCCGCGCUCGAAACACCAGCAUGGCGUUCGUCCGGUCCGAUCCUUCUACGGCCUCAACACCACGCACGACUCAUUUGCGAACGACGAGCGCCCAGCAUACACCUCGUACCACACUCGUCCAGGCAUGGGCGCCGAGCCUCCCGUCAUCCCUUACCACUCUGGCGCCGCGGCCAAGGCCUCUGCUGCCAUGCACAACGAGUAUCUUGCCCGGUCCGGAGGGCUCUACCACAGCCCAGACUGGCUGAUGCCGUACACUAGCGACGGCAACAAGGACGACGAAAGUGGUGUCGGUAUCGCUGCGACGAUCCCCGAGGCGAAGGAGGCAUACAUUGAGCGCGUGAAUCCUGUCGCUCGUCUCCCUACCGAGUUGGCCAUCCACAUCUUCGCUCUGCUGGACGCGUCGACUUUGAGCAAGGCCUGCCUAGUGGCCUCCGAGUGGAAUGACUUGAUCAAGAACCAACACAUCUGGCGGGACUCGUGCAUGCGCGAAACAACAGGCACGUACGCCAUGGGCAGGCCGAUAGCUGUGAACGCUGGCCUGGGUCUUCCCAAGAAUACUCCCGACAAGGACUGGCGCAUGAUAUACAAGGUCAGGAUGGAUCUAGAGAGGCAUUGGAGAGAGGGCAAAGCCCGCCCUACAUAUCUGACCGGGCACACGGACAGUAUUUACUGCCAUCAAUUCGACGAACACAAGAUUAUCACCGGGUCGCGCGACCGGACCAUCCGCGUAUGGGAUGUCCACACUCACGAAUGUCGCUUUAUCAUUGGCGCCGGCGAGUUUGUGCGACAACAAGGGGUGCUUCUGGACCAAGAUGGCGAGCCGACACACUGCGCGACGGAUUCCGACGGCAAAGUUGCGUCCGUGUCCAUGCCGCAGCGCCUCUCCUACGACAUGCACCACAAGGCCUCGAUUCUAUGCCUUCAAUAUGAUGACAGGAUGCUUGCGACCGGCUCAUCCGACUCCACUUGUAUACUGUACGACAUCAAGGACGGCUUCCGCCCCUUUCGUCGUUUGCAGCACCAUACUGCCGCCGUCCUCGAUCUCGCCUUUGACGACAAGCACAUUGUCACGUGCAGCAAAGAUAUUACCAUCUGUGUCUGGGAUCGAGAGACUGGUACGCUCCUCCGCCAGCUCCAUGGUCAUACGGGACCUGUGAACGCUGUGCAGAUGCGAGGGAACACGAUUGUCUCUUGCUCCGGUGACUUUAAAGUCAAGCUGUGGAACAUUGACACGGGCAAAAAUAUUCGCGAAUUCGUUGGGCACACCAAGGGCCUAGCCUGCUCUCAGUUCUCCGAGGAUGGACGGUACAUUGCGUCCGCGGGCAACGACCAGAAGAUUCGCAUCUGGGAUGCGAACACUGGCGAGUGUCUCCGCGUGAUGCGUGCCCACCACACGCUGGUCCGCAGUCUACACAUUGAUUCCGUCAGCGGGCGCCUCGUCAGUGGUAGUUACGAUACGGACAUCAAGGUCUGGGACAUGAACUCGGGACGGCAGCUCCUAGACUUUCCUCACUGGCACUCCAGCUGGGUGCUGAGCGCCAAGAGCGACUAUCGCCGCAUCGUCAGCACAGGUCCCGAUCCCAAGGUUCUGCUGAUGGACUUUGGCGCGGGCAUAGACGGCAUCGAUCUCUUGAAUAGCGAAGGGUCAGAGUCUCACGGCGGGCAAGGCGGGUUCAUUUGA